AUGAGAUCCACUGUGUUAUCUCUAUUCAUUAUAUUUUGGGGGUUAGUUGCUACUGCCAAAGCUGCUGCCGAUCCUUACGCUGCACCUCCCAUUGAGAUUGUGAAUUAUGGUAGUCAUAGGUUUUUGGCUGCGAAGCGGGCUGACGGAUCUAAUGAGACCGCUCCUGUAUCUUCAGAAUCCAGCUCUUCAUCUAUGACGACUUUCUUAUCAUCUAGUUCAACAACGUCUAAUGUUGCGACCUCUAUUUCUCCACUAGAUACAGGCUCAUCUCAAAGUUUGACGCCUAUGACUCAGAGUACACCCUCUCUUGACUCGCAAAGUUCGAUCACGACUAGUGCUGAUCCUCUUUGGGGUCCUAAUGCUAUGGUAUCUUCCUCCUCAUCAUCAAGUGUGAAUGAUGCCAUGUCUUCCGAUGUGUUUGGCUCAUUAUUUCCAUGGUUGACUCGUGAGUUGGUCUCAUUCUCUUCAUCUUCCGAUUCGCAGACCGCCAGUGGUGAAUCCUUGAGUUCUACAUCAAGUACCCCUUAUUCAGCCACCAAUCCCCAUUUAGAUACCCCCACUGAUACACCUACCAGCGGAAGUAGUACUUUGAGUGUGGCUUCUACUUUAGGCUCAUCAUCGUCUACUCCUAUCUCAGAAUCUUCUAUUUCAUCAUCAGACCCAGGUUCCUCUGUGUCUGUGAGCUCAAGCAGCAGUUCCCCUUUGGUUCAGAACCCUAAUUUUCCUAGUGAGACUUCUUCGGAAACAGCAACAACUUCUGGGUCCUCAUCGAGCGUAACAACGCAAACAACUCCUUCAACUGACUCCGGAUUUCUGUCACCUAUCCUAUCAAGCAUCUUGGAUCUAUCUACAACAGGGCAAUCGACGACAUCAGGUUUCCAGAUGUCUGUGCCUGGAAGCUCUUCACCAGCUGUCACAAGUCCUAGUCCAAGCAAUACAGAUCCAAGUUCUACCUUGUCUCUCGAUACCAGCUCCACUGUUAGCGUACUUGAUAUAUCGUCCUUGAGUUCCUCCAGUUAUCUUUCCACUUCUACACCUGAGUUCACUGUUUCCCAUCCUCCUUUUUCUACUAUCUAUAGUAAACCAAAGUCUAGCAGUGAGAGCUCUGAUUCCGCCACUCCAGACCUCACGACAAGUUCAGGAUCUAAGACUCUAUCAGAUAUCGUCUCUAGUUCUACUUAUUCUGCCAACCCGAUUUCGGACAGUUUGAGCACCUCUUCAGGCAUACCCACUGGUACGCUUUCUACAACGCCGCAAACCCUUGUUUCCUCCAGCUCUUCCAGCUCUUCCAGCUCUUCUUCCUCUCCUUCUCCUCUCUCUCCUCCCUCUUCUACCUCUUCUACCUCUUCUGACAGCUCCAGCUCCAGCUCCAGCUCCAGCUCUUCUUCCUCACCUUCUCCUCUCUCUCCUCCCUCUUCUACCUCUUCUGACAGCUCCAGCUCCAGCUCCAGUUCCAGCUCCAGUUCCAGUUCCAGCUCCAGUUCCAGCUCCAGCUCUUCUUCCUCUCCUUCUCCUCUCUCUCCUCCCUCUUCUACCUCUUCUACCUCUUCUGACAGCUCCAGCUCCAGCUCCAGCUCCAGCUCUUCUUCCUCACCUUCUCCUCUCUCUCCUCUCUCUCCUCCCUCUUCUACCUCUUCUACCUCUUCUACCUCUUCUACCUCUUCUGACAGCUCCAGCUCCAGCUCCAGUUCUAGCUCCAGUUCUUCUUCCUCUCCUUCUCCUCUCUCUCCUCCCUCUUCUACCUCUUCUACCUCUUCUACCUCUUCUACCUCUUCUACCUCUUCUGACAGCUCCAGCUCCAGCUCCAGCUCCAGUUCCAGUUCCAGUUCCAGUUCCAGUUCCAGCUCUGAAAGCGGGUCUAGCUCUGAUAUGUCACAUGUCCCUCAUACUUCUCAUAGCACAUCUAGCUCUGAUGCCUCAACUGCUGCCCAUGGUUCUCAUAACAGUACUAGCUCUGAUAUUUCACCUGCCGCCCAUACUUCUCAUAGCCCGGCUAGCUCUUCUGCCUCCAGUACUUCUUCCGGUUCUCAAUCUCGUUCCACUGAUGGCUACACUUCCGUUUUAUCAAAGCCUCAAAGUACCAUACCAACUUCAACUGAAUCACCCGCUUUACAAAGUUCUUCGAGUUCCCCUGUUUCAGUUAGUCCUACCUCAUCGACCAUUUCUGAAGGGCAGUAUAUCCCAGCUUCCACUGAACUUGCAUCCUAUACCUCUCAGGAAUCAGCUUCUGAGCCAGCUUCUGAAUCAACCCCAACUGCCAACCAAACUACGACACCUAUUGUUACGCCAAACUACAGUUGGGGCCCUCAUACACCAACAAGUACAUGGCUUCCAACUGCUAUCCUUACUGAAUCUGAUGCUGACUCUGAACCUACAGUAACUGUUACUGACACUGAAACUAAGCCUACCACGUCUAUGGCUUCUACUGCAAUUCAAACACUGCCCAAGUUUAUUUCUUCAGCUAACGGCAAGAUACCUGAGGGUAAUUAUACUUUAAUCACUGUUGGCUUCAAAAGGCGGUUGAAUUACCCAUUUGUAGUUUCUAACCCAGUUUCCAGUGCACAAAUUUUUGACUUCUUGCCUAAUGUUUUGAAUUAUCCAUAUGGUUUCCGUUGUGCAAACGUUUCCGUUUGGAGGUUGCUUCCAUUAAAGUCUGGUUCAAGAGACUACUUGGUGACUGUUGCUGCAGUAUUUUUCCCUACUGAGCAUUUAGAUGAAUUGGCAAGAUUGGUUGCUGAUAAUACUAGUAGCCUUUACAGCAGUUAUGAUGAAACAGGGAAAACUAUGGCAUCUCUCAUUGACCCAAUGAUUCCUUUAACUGGAAUAAUUAACUCGAUAAGUUCUGAUCCAGCUUCUGGAGAGUCAAGUGCAACAGGUACUAAUACACCAAAAUCUGGUUCGGUUCCAGUUGGUUUUGCUGGUACUUUAGCAAAUGGUGGGGGGCGUCUGGGAAAUGCAGGCUCUAAAUCUCUGGAUAGUAGCCCAAUGUCAAAGCUUAAGAUCACAGGAAUUGUUGUCGGUUCCGUGUGUGGUGUGGCCACUUACAUUGCGUUGACACUUUUAUGUGUUCGUUACUAUUUACUUAGAAGAGGAAACAAGAUUCAACUAAGCGAUAAUCAGUCUUUUUAUUCUAGUAAUUCCGGCGGUUCCAUGGAAGUAACGACACAAUCAGAAUACCCAAAUCUCUAUGAUGAAAAAAAUCUUCAGAAUUCAAACAAUGGAAGGAUACGUGCUAGUGUUUCUCCAAGUGUUAAAGUUGAUAAUUGGAUGGAUUAUAAUAAUAACUUUACUGAAACGAAUGAAGGUGUCACGCAUAAUUUUGUCAAUGGUAAAAUUACCAAAAUAAGUGGUCCAAUUGCAUCCGAGAAUUCUCUUGGUUGGGAUGUCUAA